UCACAAAAUCUGAUUCACCUUAACACUGAUGGUGUAGAAAAAAGUAAUAGAAUAUAUAUUGGGGGAGUAAAAUGUAUAAAAAGAAAUGUUGGUGUACUUAUAAUAAACAUUUGUCUUUGUGCUUCUAUAAGUAAGUUAAUAUAGAAUAGGGUGUCCCUAGUUCACAUGAUAAAAAGUAGAAAACGAUUUCUCCAACAUUUAAGGCGUACGUUACCAUGGAAGGAGCUCAUGAAAAACUGCUACAUCUCUCUUUUGAAGAAGCAGAGGGAAAUGAAGAAACCAACAGCAGGCUUCAAUCAAGUAAAUUCAUAUUAUGGCUCCAAUUAUUUGUCUUCACAUUUUUUGUCCUUGGUGGCCAAGCAGCUGGCACUCUGUUGGGCAGAGUAUACUAUGAUCAAGGUGCCAAAAGCAGAUGGAUUGCUACAUUGGCACAAACUGCUGGCUUUCCAAUUCUCCUGCCUUUUCUUUGCUAUCCUUCACCCAAAAAUCACGAUGAUCAACAACUUAGCAUUGAUCACCAGUCUUCUGUACUUGUUCGCGCUUCGGUUUACAUCUUCCUUGGCUUAUUUCAAGUAGCAAACUCCAUGUUGUUUACAGUUGGUGUGCAGUACCUUCCCGCCUCUACUUAUUCCCUGAUUUCCGGUUCUCAAUUGGCGUUCAACGCUCUCACUUCCUUCCUCCUCAAUGGACAAAAAAUCACGCCAAUUAUCUUGAACUCCGUCGUGCUUCUCUCCUUUUCAUCCUCUGCUAUCAUUUUCCAAGAUAAGACGGGUGAUGGCGGAGAAAUAUCUCAUAAAUCUCUGUUAAUCGGAUUUGCAGCUACAACUUUGGGGUCUCUAGGUUACGCCUUGCAGUUCUCGUUAACAGAACUCGCGUUCCAAAAGGUCUUCAAAAGUGGCACGUUAAAAGUUGUCAUGAAAAUGUCAUUUAACAUCGGUAUGUUAGUGACAAUUGCUUCGCUGACGGGGCUUUUCGCGAGCGGUAACUGGAGGGAUUUGGAGAAGGAAAUGAGGGAGUAUCGAACGGGGAAAUUGUCCUAUGUUAUGAACUUGGUUUGUACUGCUAUUGCCUGGCAGUUAUAUGCUGUAGGUUCAGUUGGAUUGGUUUUCAAGGCAUCUUCAUUGUUCUCAAAUGUGAUCAUCAAUUUGGGAACUACAAUUGUGCCAAUAUUUGCAAUGAUAUUCUUGAAAGAUGAGAUGAGUGGAUUGAAGGUGUUUUCAUUGUUAUUGGGGUUAUGGGGAUAUGCAUCAUAUAUCUAUCAACAUUAUCUGGAUGAUUUAGAAGCAAAAGCAAGUGAAGUUAAAUCCUUAGCUGAGGAGGAGGGUAAUUUUUAAUAAGCUUUCAUUAAAGGAACUUAAUUAUCUGAACGAUUAGCUCCCUAACUUAGGUUGAUAAUUCAAUAUGUAAAUUUUUAGGUUAAUAUUUAAUCAUGUAAAUUUAAGAUUUCGUGUAAGUUGAACUGCUGUUUAUAUAUUGGAUUAGCCUGUGGGCUAGGGCGAUGUAUUUGGGAA